ACCCUGUACUCUGCCCCCUGUUCACCACAGGUGCUUCUCGUUUGGCAUUGGACAAGGGGCUUCCACAGCUCUGAUCAAAGGCAUUGCCGAGGCAGGCGGGGGCUUCGCUGAGUUCAUCAUUGGCCAGGACCGCAUGGCCGCCAAGGUACUACGGUCUCUGAAGUGGGCCCUACAGCCAGCAGUUACCGGGAUCUCUCUGAGCUGGGAGCUGCCCCCUGGGAUGGAGGCAGUACCAUUGAGGCCAGACCCAAAGGUGAUCUUCCAGGGACAGCGCCUCCUCGUCUAUUCCCAGCUCCGUGGACAGCCAAAGGCCCCAGAGUCCUCUGUGGGAAGUGUCACGCUGCAGUAUACCAUUAAAGAUGAGACCUUCAAGGACACGGUGCAGUUUCCCCUGCAGCCGCAGGAAGGAGACAGGUGAGGCACGGCCCCUCCAGCC